GAUUUGCUGCCAUCCCUCAUCGCGCAAGCACGCGCCCGAUUACCUGCGUCCCUCUCUGCCAUGUCGCAGCAGGCCGCGGCUCCAAGCGCAAACAUGACAGCGUGCGUUGAUGGUCCUGACGCACGGCGGCCUCCCCUGGGGGCCCACAUACUUAACACUAUAGCGGGGCGUGAUAAGCGCUCUCCCCUCCGUCGCUCAUGGCUCUCGAUGUGAAGUCCGCGCACCUUACCGCGAUUAUUAUCCAGUGCUUGCUCUAUGGCGCGUCGGUACCGCUCUUUGUGGCGACGAUUUGGGCCUUGCAUGGCCUGAAGCACGCCGGCAGGCUUUGGUAUCCGGUGACAUGCGUUCUGUUCGUGCUGAGUACGAUGCACGUUGUAGUAGACGCACGACACAUCUUCAUCGGAUUCAUCGAACGUGUCGAUGUCGCGGACGUGUACUUCCAAAGCGUAGUGAGGGAGACGACAAAGAAUGCUAUUUAUUUGGUCGAGACGUUGGUCGCGGACUCGAUCCUGAUCUACAGAUGCCAUAUGGUGUACCAGCGAUGGGAGGCCAUUGUUCUUCCCGUCGCACUAUGGGCCUCAACUGCCGUCGAUGGUCCUCUUGCUGUAUAUGCCAUGGAUCAACGCUCGCGCGGCUUGGAUAGCUACUUCGCUCAGCAGUCAUACCACUGGGUAGUAGCCUUCUACUCCAGCGCCUUCUCCACAAACAUCAUAACAACAAGCAUCCUCGCGUACAAGCUGUGGAAUUACCAUUGUCAAUCCUGCCGCUUCGGCUUCAACGUACCCAGCGGGCAGUCUGCCAUAUCCCCCAUCUUCUUAACCGUCGUCGAAUGUGGCGCAACGUACUCUACGGCUCUCAUUGUUAUGGUUGUCAUCUUUGCGACCGCAACGGACGCCCAGUAUGUUGUCUAUUGCCACGGUAUUCAUUGCCAAGUGAUUGCCCUGACGUUCUACAUGGUCAUUGUUCGCGCGGCCAUGUCUCGAGUGGGCAAGGAGCUGCGCUCCAGGCACACGCAAUCGCUUAGCGCAAUGUCCUUCUCGCGCGGAGGUCCGACGAGCACGAUCACUUCCGAGCGAAGGAUGGAAGUGCAAAUCAAUCGUCUCACGACCUCUAACCGAGGCCUACCGCGCGACUACUCGACCGAUUUUGUCGACGACAAGGAGUCCAUGAGCGAGAUGACAUUCGCGGAGAACUUGGAGUUUGAAAGGCGGCAAAGGCAGAUUCAGAGCCGGCUCCCGCAGGACCAGGUGUAGCAUAAUUGUCCCUGAUGCACCUUCUAUGUAGUGGCCUUUUGCUUUGUACUACCCUUUUUGAUGACCACAGUGCUGCCCUUAUAUCAUGUUGCCCCCGCGACGGAUUUAUUUAUGUGAUCAUGUGCGCGAAAUAAGCUGCCUUCAUGCAGUUCGCAGUCAUUGGCUUAUACGUUACAGUGUAUUUUUGUGUACUCUUGAGUUACCUUAUUCCUAUCGAAGAAAAUGCCUAAUCUGUACUAUGAAGCAGCUUAUCUUGCC